GCAAGCAUCGCGAAUUUGUGGCGAGUAACAUUUGGUGUAGUGUAAUUAUUUAGUCAUGAUACGGAUUGAGACCGACGAAAUACUUUUGAUCGAAAGCAAUUCAAAAAUAGCUUCCAGUGCUUCGCUAAAUUUAAAAUUUUAAAGCUGUUUAGUUAGUGUGGGAAAGUAGCGAAAAUAAUUUGUGAUAAGAAAUUGUGCAGAAAAAAAUUGUGACCGAAUGUACAUAUGUAUAUCGAAAACAAUUAUUAACGGGAUAUACAUAAAUACAUAGGUACAUAGGUACAUAUGUAUGUAUGUACAUACAGAAGUGUUUUUGUGUAAGCUAAUCCAACUGCCCCUAGCAAAGUCAGUGUUGCUCUGGUUUUAUUAAGGGUUUAAUAAAAUCAAAUAAUCAAACUAAAAUGAACAAAAAUGAGCAUUCUCCCGGAACAUGUUCUACCCCGCAAGAAAUACUUAGCACGCACACAAACAGAGUUUGCUAUUCGCCACAGAAUCGAUUGGUCCCUUGGAGUCAGCAUUCAACGGUGAAUUCGGCUGUAUGCGCUGAGCAGGCCGGAUCCAUGGCAACUGCGCGUUCGAAAAAUCAAAACUUAGGCUUGAUCUGUGUGGUCUGUGGAGAUACCAGCUCUGGAAAACACUAUGGGAUUUUAGCCUGCAAUGGUUGUUCAGGAUUUUUCAAAAGAAGCGUUCGCCGGAAACUCAUCUACAGAUGCCAGGCCGGAACUGGACGGUGCAUUGUUGACAAAGCCCACAGAAAUCAGUGUCAGGCGUGCCGCCUUAAAAAGUGCCUUCAAAUGGGAAUGAAUAAGGAUGCGGUGCAAAAUGAGCGACAGCCGCGAAACACAGCUACUAUUCGUCCUGAGACGCUGCGGGAGAUGGAACACGGACGAGCUUUGCGGGAAGCGGCCGUUGCUGUAGGAGUGUUUGGACCACCCGUGUUAUUGUCUCCACCUUGCUAUGGUUCUGGGCUGUUACCACCUCCUACGAUUUCCGGUAUUCCCACAAAUCGUCGACUACAUCACAAUCACAUUUCGAAGGCCAUACAACUUUCGUCAAAUGUAUCACACGCAGGCAGCUUUUCUGUUUUUAAUAAUAAUCUACAAUUUUCAAAAGAGAAUUCCUAUACUACGUCAAUGGAUCUCUCGAAUGGAACAGUCUCUGUGUCUACGAACUCAAGUAGUACGAAUUCUAUAGAUCCGAGUUCCCCCAUAUCAGAUGCAGAUAAGAAUCCUGUGGGAGGAAGUGUUUCGUCCAUAAGCUCGAGCAGUUCUGUCCAUGCUAACGAUAAUGAUGAUGACUCCAUUGAUGUUACCAAUGAUGAGGAGCCCCUUCGAAGCGAGAAAGGCGAAUGCCAUUUUACAAUACCAACGUUUGUACCGCAAAACUUGUACGUUCAGCCACAUGAAACUGUUUAUGAAACAAGUGCGCGUUUGCUUUUUAUGGCGGUAAAAUGGGCAAAGAAUUUGCCAAGUUUUGCAAGUUUGUCAUUCCGCGACCAGAUGAGGCGAAAAACGAGUCAAAUGGAGACUACUUUAAGUUUAUGCUGGGGAUGA